CUUCCAAAAGAAAACCUCCGAAUCCACAAAACCUCGCGAGCCAGACUGCCAGGGCCAGGAAGCAUUUCCGUCCAUCUCCAAACAUCUCCUGUGCUCGUUGCCUUCUUGUUGCCUGCCUCUCAUUCUCUAUCUCCUGUGUUGAGUGGAAGGAACAAACCUUAGAAUAGAAGAGAGGGCAAGAAGGGGAGGCUGAUUUCGUGGCGGAAUCAUGGUUUUGAAUUCGUUUUCAAAUCUGCUAGAUAUAUGUAGUGAAGAUGUAUUUGACUUCCAACAACCUCUUAGAUCUCUUCCUUGUGCGGUGACUUCUCCUGGCAUCAGAUCUGACCCUGAUUGGGAAAGUAGUAAUGGUAGCAAUUUAAUUGGUUCUGCGCCUCCUUGUUUGACGAGAAAGAUUGUUGUUGCAAACUUCCUACCUCUGAACUGUACGAAAGAUGAAGCUACCAGAGAGUGGUCCUUUGCAGUGGAUGAUAAUCAACUUCUUGUUCAACUUAAAGAUGGCUUUCCAAUUGAUAGUGAAGUUAUUUAUGUGGGUAGUUUGAAUGUUCAAGUAGAUCCCAGUGAGCAAGAUCAAGUUUCUCAGAAGCUCUUCAAGGAACACAAAUGCAUACCUACUUUUCUCCCAGCUGACCUCCAGCAGCAGUUCUAUCACAGCUUCUGCAAACAGCACUUAUGGCCACUUUUCCAUUAUAUGCUUCCUGUUUGCCAUGACAAAGGUGAACUCUUUGACCGCUCCCUUUUUCAAGCCUACGUGCGGGCCAACCAAAUCUUUGCUGACAAAGUUAUGGAGGCAGUCAAUUCAGAUGAUGACUGUGUGUGGGUUCAUGAUUAUCACCUUAUGCUUGUCCCAACCUUUUUAAGAAAGAAGCUGCACAGGAUCAAAGUUGGUUUCUUCCUCCACAGCCCAUUUCCCUCUUCUGAGAUAUAUAAAACACUGCCAGUGCGGGAUGAAAUCCUAAAGUCACUUCUUAAUGCUGAUCUUAUUGGCUUUCAAACAUUUGAUUAUGCCCGUCACUUCCUUUCAUGUUGCAGCAGGCUGUUAGGCCUUAAUUAUGAGUCAAAACGUGGUCACAUUGGUAUAGAGUACUUCGGUCGAACAGUGAACCUCAAGAUUCUCGCUGCAGGUGUACAUGUUGGCCGGCUUGAGUCUAUGUUGAAGUUGCCUGUUACAAUUAGCAAGGUUCAAGAAAUCGAGAAUAGAUAUAGGGGAAAGUUGGUAAUCUUAGGUGUAGAUGACAUGGAUAUCUUUAAAGGUAUCAGUCUUAAAUUGCUUGGCUUGGAGCUUCUUUUGGAGAGAACACCUAAGCUUAGGGGGAAGGUUGUCCUUGUACAGAUUGUUAAUCCUGCAAGAAGCAUUGGAAAAGAUGUUGAGGAAGCAAAAAAUGAAGCUGUAUCAGUAGCUCAAAGGAUAAAUGAUAAAUAUGGUUCUGCUAAUUACAAGCCUGUUGUCCUUAUUGACUAUUCAAUUCCUUUCUAUGAAAAGAUUGCAUUUUAUGCUGCAUCUGACUGUUGUAUUGUAAACGCUGUGAGGGAUGGCAUGAACUUAAUACCAUAUGAAUACACCGUCUGCAGGCAGGGAAAUGAGGAUAUCGAUAAGCUCAGAGGUUCUGAUAAGAGCUCACUUCAUACAAGCACACUGAUUGUUUCUGAAUUUGUGGGUUGCUCCCCGUCGCUUAGUGGAGCUUUCAGGGUAAAUCCUUGGAGCGUUGAAGAUGUGGCUGAUGCAUUGUAUAGUGCAACAGACCUGACACAAUUUGAGAAGAUUCAGCGCCAUGAGAAGCAUUAUCGCUAUGUUAAAUCUCAUGAUGUUACUUACUGGGCACGAAGCUUUGACCAGGAUCUGGAGAGAACGUGCAAAGAGCAAGAUAGCCGAAGGUGUUGGACCACUGGGUUUGGUUUGAAUUUUAGAGUUAUUGCUCUAUCACCUGGGUUCAGAAGACUGUCUCUAGAACACUUUGCUUCAUCUUAUAAGAAGGCUAACAGGAGAGUGAUAUUUCUGGACUACGAUGGGACUCUUGUGCCUCAGUCAUCGCUCAACAAAGCUCCAAGUGCAGAAGUCAUUUCAAUCCUUAACAGCUUGUGCAAUGAUACUAAGAACACUGUAUUUAUAGUUAGCGGAAGAGGAAGAAAUUCCCUUAGUGAGUGGUUUGAUUCAUGUGAGAACCUUGGUAUUGCUGCUGAACAUGGCUACUUCAUCAGAUGGAACAAAGCAGCUGAAUGGGAAACAAGUUCAUCAGGUCAGUGUUCUGAAUGGAAGCUGAUCGCGGAUCCUGUCAUGCAUGUAUACACAGAAACAACUGAUGGGUCCUCCAUAGAAUGUAAGGAGAGUGCUCUAGUGUGGCAUUAUCAGAACACAGAUCAUGAUUUCGGCUCCUGCCAGGCAAAGGAGCUAGUGAGCCAUCUGGAGCGAGUCCUAGCAAAUGAACCUGUUGUCGUGAAGCGUGGUCAUCAGAUUGUAGAAGUUAAACCUCAGGGAGUCAGCAAGGGCAUUGCUGUGGACAAGAUCAUUCGGACACUGGUAAGCAAAGGGGAAGUGGCAGAUCUUUUGAUGUGCAUCGGUAACGACCGAUCAGAUGAGGACAUGUUUGAGAGCAUCAAUAAAGCAACCUCCCUUGCUGAGCUUCCUGCCAUUCCGGAGGUCUUCGCCUGCUCCGUUGGUCCGAAGGCCAGCAAAGCUAACUACUACGUCGACGGUUGCAGUGAAGUGAUCAGAUUACUGAAGGGUGUAAUAGAUGUUUCAUCCCAAAAGGAUACCACCAGCCAUAGCCAUGUGAACUCAAACGAUAUACUUGAGGUUGUCAGCUGAUCCAUAAGCAAAUCAUCUCAAAAUACUUGGAGCAAACAGCAAAGCAUGUCCAGUCUGCCAUUCUCAAAUCUCCAAUGCCUGCAAGCUACCCACAGUUAGAAAACAGAUCACGUGGAGUUUGAAAUCAGCCAACAUGAAGCAUUGGCAUUGAUUAUGCAAAGACAACAGGGAUCACAAAUCGCAACUUACUCCAAAUAGCAUUGCUAUUGAUGAUGCGAAGACAACAGCAGCCACAAACUGCAAGUUUCCUUAUCUGCAGGCAAGGCUUCUAGCGGGGUGAUGUCUGCAACUGAAGUCAGGCCUGACGCCGAAAGGAGGCUCCUGUACAGCAAUCACAAACCGCAAGUCCCUGAUGUGUGCAGCGGGGAUGAAAGUCUUCUGGGCCUGUACAGCUCUGUUGCGGGGUGUUUGGUUCCUUUUGCUUAUUUUUAGCACGUGUCACAUCGAAUGUUUAGAUACUAAUUAGGAGUAUUAAACGUAGACUAUUUACAAAAUCCAUUACAUAAGUGGAGGUUAAAUGGCGAGAC